UUCCUUCUAUAUCAGCCAUGGUCUGGACGAGAGGCCCUGCCGUCGGCCGCGGCUCAUCUGCCACCGUCUAUUUGGCCACAGACGCCUCCUCCGGCCACCACUUCGCCGUCAAGUCCACCGACCUCUCUUCAUCAGCGUUGUUGCAGAAGGAACACGCUCUUCUCUCCAAAUUGAGCUCUCCAUACCUUAUCAACUGCCUAGGUUUCGACAUUGAAACCGAAACCUUCAAGAUUCCGGUGUUCAAUCUGUUCAUGGAGUAUUUUCCGGAGGGGACGCUGUGGGAUGCGAUUCAGAGCAGCGGCGGCCGGAUGGAGGAAUCGGCGAUCCGAGUGUUUUCGCGCCAGAUUUUGAAAGGACUGGAGUACCUUCAUGCUAAUGGAUUGGCGCAUUGCGAUAUUAAGAGCCGGAAUCUGUUACUGAGCGAUGCAGGUUUAAAAAUCGCCGAUCUAGGUUGUGCGAAAUUUGUGGAUGGAGUUUCCGAAAAUGGAGUUAGGGAUUUUUCUGGUUCGCCGGCGUUUAUGGCGCCGGAGGUUGCGAGAGGUGAAGAACAGGGGUUUCCAGCGGAUAUUUGGGCUUUUGGAUGUACAGUCAUUGAAAUGGCUACUGGCGAACAUCCGUGGGCGGAUAUAAAAGAUCCGGUGUCGGCGUUGUAUCGGAUUGGAUUUACCGGCGAGUUGCCGGAGGCUCCACGGUGGUUAUCGGAGUGGGCGAGGGACUUUGUCGCUAAGUGUUUGAUAAAAGUCCCGAAAGAAAGAUGGACUGCGAAACAGCUUCUUGAGCAUCCGUUUCUUCAGGAAUUUGAUUCCGAGUCGGAAAUUGAAUCUUCGAGGAUGAAAACGGUGAAUUCUUCUCCGAGGUGUGUUUUGGAUCAAAGCUUUUGGGAUUCAAUGGAAGAUUCAAAGACUCCAUUGAAGGUAACGCAUCAAGCUUCGUUGGAGGAUUGUCCGGCUGAGAGGAUUAGAAGUUUGGCUGGUAAUUUGUCGUCCGAUUGGGACUUGGAAGGGGACGAUGGAGAUUGGAUUUUGAUCAGAAACAAUGGCGUCGGCGGUGGAAGCCAUGGAAAUGGAUCUGUGAGCUCAGAUUUUUCAGCUACAGUUGAAGAAGAAGAAGAGCUGGAAAUUUUGAACUUGGAAUUUGAAGAAAAUUCUGUAUUGUUCUGUUCAUAUGAUGAUGAUUCUGGUAUUAUGAACAAUGGGAGAGGAGGAUUAGAAAUGGAAAUUGGGAGAUUUGGAGGUAAAAAUUGUAAUUGUUCUUCAUUAAUGCAAUUUGAUCUUUUAUUUCCUCAAGAUCUUCAUCUUCUGUUGUUUCAUUGCCUCAAAGAUUCAUGGUUUUGA